GCCCCUGGGGGCAGGGCGAGACCACGGAAGUGACGACACCGAGCAUUGCAUUAAAUAUCCGUAGGCGGGCCCCUAGCGCUCUCUCGGCCUUAGCGCCAUCUUCUGAGAAACCUCCGCGCCAUGAGAGCGAAGUGGAGGAAGAAGCGAAUGCGCAGGCUGAAGCGCAAAAGAAGAAAGAUGAGGCAGAGGUCCAAGUAAACUUGUACACCGUGGAAGCCACAGGAGCAGAAACGAAAUCCCAGAGGCCAGGGACGUUGGUACAAUUUGUUGGACUGCAUGCCUUCUGUCUAGAACUUGUCUCAAUGGAUCUAUAACAACUUUUCGCCGUUCUGAUCGCCUGGACCACUCUGAGACCCACCUUGCUCAUAUCAAAAUGGUCCCUUUUGGUUUUUUGCCCUGGACCUGUGACUUUCUGGACUAGUUCUGUUCUCAGUUGUGGCUGAAUGUAACACGUGUACAAUAAAUUAUCUGCUGUUUUAGCUGAAGAAAAAAAGUCAUCUUGUCUGUUGAUGUGGUUUUUAUGGUUCAUUGGCUGGGGUGUUCUGUAUGAGUACUCGCUUUAGAGAAUAUCUACACUGAGUCGGGGGUGCGGGCCCCGCCCCUGGCCGACUGGUUCUGGACCCUGGGAGUUGCUGGAGUGUUGGGUGGCUCUUAUUUCCUGGAAAGGGCGUUACACACGUCAGGGACCGCUUUCAAGUUGAUUUCGCCGGCGUGUGGGCAAACAGUUCCGCUCAUCGUCCGAAAGGGCUACAUUUGCUACGUCCCGCGCUUGGGGCUCUUUGCUGUGCUGUUGGGUCCGGUUGCCAUGGUGACACGCAAAGCCUGCUGGGAACUUCCUGCGGCUAAUCGCGCAAGUGCUUCGUGAGCCAUAGAGUAUAGUUCCGGGUCUGGCGGCUAGAGCGUCAUUUCUUCCGCAGGAAGCGGAAGGGCGAUAGGGUAGGCGGCUCUUUGUCGAAGCUAGAGGACCGGCAGGCGGCAGCAGCAACUACGGCGGCGGCGGCAGAACCCAGCAGUGAUGUGGAGGUGGAGACCCACAGGAGCCCCGGACUUCACCUGAGCUACCUCAGCAGUCACCAAGGGUGGCAAGAAAAGGAAGAAAGCCCUGAGUUGGGGGGGACCAGGAUGCCUGACCGGGACAGCUAUGCCAACGGCACUGGGAGCAGCGGUGGAGGCCCUGGAGGCGGUGGCAGCGAGGAGGCCAGUGGGACAGGGGCAGGCAGUGGCGGGGCCAGCUCAGAUGCCAUCUGUAGAGACUUCCUGAGGAAUGUGUGCAAGAGAGGCAAGCGUUGCCGCUAUCGCCAUCCAGACAUGAGUGAGGUGUCCAACUUGGGGGUGAGCAAAAAUGAGUUCAUCUUCUGCCAUGACUUCCAGAACAAGGAGUGCAGCCGUCCAAACUGCCGAUUCAUCCAUGGCUCCAAGGAGGAUGAGGAUGGCUAUAAAAAGACAGGAGAGCUUCCCCCUCGGCUGAGACAGAAAGUGGCAGCCGGCCUGGGUCUUUCACCAGCUGACCUACCAAAUGGCAAGGAGGAGGUCCCUAUCUGCCGCGACUUUCUCAAGGGUGAUUGCCAGAGAGGAGCCAAGUGCAAGUUCCGUCACCUGCAACGGGAUUUUGAGUUUGAUGCUCGGGGUGGAGGAGGCGCUGGUGGUGGGGGCUCAGCAGGCCCAGUUCCCCCAGGACGACGUCAUGAUCUCUAUGAUAUCUACGACCUCCCUGACAGGGGCUUCGAGGACCAUGAGCCAGGCCCCAAGCGCCGGCGAGGUGGAUGCUGCCCCCCAGAUGGCCCCCAUUUUGAAUCAUAUGAAUACAGCCUGGCUCCACCCCGAGGGGUGGAAUGCAGACUGCUAGAGGAGGAGAAUGCCAUGCUCAGGAAGCGGGUAGAGGAGCUUAAGAAGCAGGUCAGCAACCUGCUGGCCACCAACGAGGUACUGCUGGAACAGAAUGCCCAGUUCCGCAAUCAGGCCAAGGUCAUGACCCUGAGCUCUACUGCACCAGCGACUGAGCAGACUCUGGCCCCCACCGUGGGCACUGUUGCCACUUUUAACCACGGCAUUGCCCAGACUCACACUACUCUCAGCAGCCAGGCUCUGCAGCCUCGCCCCGUGUCCCAGCAAGAACUGGUGGCCCCUGCUGGAGCUCCAGCUGCUCCCCCAACUAAUGCCGCACCUCCUGCUGCUCCCCCACCCCCACCCCCACACUUGAACCCAGAGAUCACGCCAUUGUCAGCUGCUCUGGCUCAAACAAUUGCCCAGGGAAUGGCACCCCCACCUGUCUCCAUGGCUCCUGUGGCUGUAUCUGUGGCUCCUGUGGCCCCUGUGGCUGUGUCGAUGGCCCAACCCUUGGCAGGAAUCACAAUGAGCCACACCACCACUCCCAUGGUGACUUACCCCAUCGCUUCCCAGAGCAUGCGUAUCACAGCCAUGCCACACUGAUGGGGCUAAUGGACACUCCCCUGGUAUAGCCUCCCAGGGCUGGGGUCGAGGGGCCCGUACCCACUCGCCUAGCCCUCCCCGGCCCUGUCCAAAGGGCUCACUCGCGAACUAGGACAAGAGACUACAAGGAGAUUGCUUCUGAGAAGGGGUUGGGUUGGUGUGUUUUCUCUCACCUCCCUUUGACGAGGGUCCUCUUUUCCCAUCUUCCUUCAAGCCUCACAGAGGGGGCUUGCAUAGGAGUGCAGACUGAAGGCAUCAGAGGAAGGACUGGCUGAGGGGCUGUCCUCUGAUGGGAAUUUGGGGACAUACUUGGUCUUGUCCUCUCCCGCACAGCACAGGUUCCAGCACUGGCUUUGGAAGAAAAAAAUACCCUGUCCAGAGGGAAAGCCAGGAAAGAAUGGGAAGUGGGUGGCCAGGAGAGAAGGCCUGAUAGGAGCCCUCAGACAGUUUGGGGCCUAGUUGAGCUGCUCCUGGGCCCGUGGGGAAGGCGGGGACCACAGUAUUCCAGCCCAAAGACUAGGGGAGCAUUCAUUACCUUGGCUUGGCCUGGAAAUCCGUAGGGCAGGGCCCACCACGUUCCAAAGAAAUAAAAACAAAAUUAUUUUUAACAAAUGGAGGCAGUUUAAACUUGCUUAGAUAUUCUGUGUGGAAGAUGGGAACAGUAAAUAGAUCUCAUGCCAAAUGGGAUAAAGACCCCACUCUCACAUAGCUUGGGUAGGUUGGGCAGAGGCCAGAGAAUAAGGGUAGGACCCAGAGCAAAGCCAAGUGGGGCUUUGGGGAAGGUACUUUGUGGGGUAAAAACAUUGGAGCCACCAAGUCUAGUUUAAAAAUAGUCCCAUCUGUUCUGGUUUCUAUCUGCAUAUACUAUUCCCAGGUUGCCUUAGUAACCAGGGCUUCUAGGGUCAUUUAGGGGGGGCAAGUACUAAGGAGGGUGAAUUUGCUGGGAAAUGGGAAUGGGGUAUGUAUUGACAGAGCCUUCCCUUAUUCAAACAGAGCAGGGCAGGUGGCAGUUGCUUCCUGAGUUGUUGACAGCAGUUAAUAUCCCUCCUACCCCAUCCCUUCCUCAGUUACCAGUGCCUUAAGCCUUCAAGGCUUGAGAGGUGCUGGGAAAGGGAGAGUUCUUCUGGGGACACAAGCUUUAGGUUUCAUCCAUUUCUUCCCUCUGCCUCCACAUAGGACCACAGAGGUUUUUAAUCCAAUUAAGAGUCAGUAAGGCCAAGGGUCCCAGUAAGCAAACCUCAGUUCCUCCUCAGCGCAUGGCUGAUGUAGGGGAAACAACUCAGGUGUCCAGGCUAAUGGAACAGUGGAUUUUGGGGUAGAGAAAGUGAUCCUGGGUUCUCACCCCAUCAUAUCUCCUGCUACCUCUUGCUCUCUUGUCUGGUUGAUCACUCAGGUUACACCUGGGGUUGGAGAUGGUGGGCUAGGUCAAGGCCAGUCAUUAAAAAAGGGGGGGUACCUAAAGACUACAAAUGGGCAAAUACUGAAAUGUUUUUUGUGGAUUUUAGAAACCACACAUUGAUAAGCUUAAUGUUGAUUUUUCUGGCACAAUUCUGGAUUAUUAAAAGAGAUGGUUUAUGAGCAUUUAGACAAAUGUUAUCAUAAAUACCAACAUGAGUUUGUCCUAGCCAAAUCCCGACAAGCUAACUUUAUUAUUAUUAUUUAUUUAUUUUUGCCAAGUAUCUCUAAAGAGGUACAUUUGGGAAACUGUAGACAUUGUCUGUACUGUAUUAACAUGCUCCAGCUGAAGACCACCAGAAAUAUACUUGCAGUUGAACAAGUUGGGCUUAAUGUUCAUUGCAGUGAUGAAGAGAGAAUGCCAUGCGGAACCAUGGUGUGUCUUGCACAAGGGUGUUAGAAAAGACCUAUAGGACUUGGACUUCCGUUAAAUGAGUUGGCAGAAGGUUCAAGGGAGUGGGACUUCACUCUGGAUUGGGUGCUGUCAGGGAAGCAGAUAAUGCUAAAGUGAAAGCUGAACUGUAAUAGGUAAUGAAGCAGCAGUCACCCAAUAGCUGGGAGAAGGGGAUGUCUGCUCUUUUAUGGUUUGCACACUGAC